AUGCAGAGCGACGUACCACUGCGUGCCGAGGGACGCACAAGCCCCCCUGGUUUUCCCCUGCCUUCUCAGUCCCUUCCCUCUGGUUUUCCCCUGCCUUCUCAGUCCCUUCCCUCUGGUUUUCCCCUGCCUUCUCAAAUGCUGCACAGCGUGCGCAUGAAGGGUGGCAAGGCCAGCUACGCCAACCGCUACGUGCGCACGAGCCGCUUCACGCAGGAAGACGCCCACCAGCGCGCCAUGUUCCUCAAGCUCAGCGACCUCGUGGGGUACGCGGGGCUGGGCAGACUCCUCUUAGAGCAGCUGCGGUUCGGGCUGGGCGUUCUGGACGGGUCGCAGGGGAACGGCACGGCCAACACAGCUCUUGCCUUCCACGCGGGGCGGCUGCUGGCUCUGUAUGAGGCCGAUGUGCCGUAUGUGAUUGAGGUGAAGCCCGAUGGGGAUCUGGAGACCAGAGGCAGGAUGACUUACGAUGGGCGGCUCACACACCCGUUCACCGCGCACCCGAAAGUGGACCCGGUAACCGGCGAGCUCUUCACGUUUGGCUGUGAGCCUGAUGCUCGCUUCCUGACCUACCGAGUGGUGUCCAAAGCAGGGGAAAUGGGCCCUCCCGUGCGCAUCUCCAUCCCAGCGCCGACACUGAUGCAUGAUUUCGCCAUCACGGAAAACUACGCCGUGUUUCUCGACCUUCCGCUCGAGUUCACACCUCACGAAGUCAUCAACAACAAGAUGCCGUUCCUCUGGAACCCGGACCGGCCGGCCAGGUUCGGCGUUUUGCCUCGGUACGCGGAGAGCGAGGGGGAGAUGCGGUGGUUUGAGCUGCCGCCGCUGUUCAUCUUCCACACGGUGAAUGCGUGGGAGGAGCAGACGGAGGGAGGCGAGACGGAGGUGGUGCUGAUUGCGUGCCGCUACGACACGAUCACCAGCUUGGAACCGGAGCCUGGGCAGGUUCCCAUGCUGUACGAGUUCCGGUUCAACCUGGCAACGGGGGAGGCGUCUCAGCGCCAGCUCACCUCCUUCAGCUGCGACUUUCCGUGCAUGCAUGGCGGCUACACUGGCCGCAAGCAGCACUAUGUGUACUGUGCGACCUUCGAGGGCGAGAGCAUAAGUGGAGUGGUGAAGGUCGAUCUCUCCAGGCCCCCAGACCUCUCAGCACCGCACCCCACCAUCAGCGGCUGUGUCACAGGGCUCUUCAACCACGGGCCUGGCAGGUUCGGCUCCGAGCCUGUGUUCGUGCCUCGGAGUGACGAGCCUGGGGCAGAGGAGGAUGACGGUUACGUGCUGUCAUUCGUGUAUGACAGCCACACAGGUACAUCGGAGGUGGUGGUGCUGGACGCAAGGACUCUCGCCCCACAGCCGGUGGCCACCAUCCACCUGCCGCAGCGCGUGCCAGCCGGCAUCCACGGCAUCUUUGUAUCCGAGGCAUGUCGCAUGUCGCAUGCAUGUCUCAUGUCUCAUAGCAUCCAUGGCAUCUUUGUGUCCGAGUCCAUGAAUGGCUGCAAGUCAGUGAUUGGAAAUGCAUUUGCAUUUUCUAGUCAUGAAACCAUCAUUUUAAGUUUAGGCAUCUCUAUGCGCGUCUAA